AUGGAUGCCCCAGAAGCGGAUAUCGAUAUCAAACUGCAGAAGAUCUCAGCUGAUCUUCUCGGUGACUUUGACCGCUCUCUCCACCAAUUCCUCUGGAAGCCUGAUGGUCAUGGCGGCACCAGAGUCCGCUCGCGGGUGCGCGCCAAGGAGAUAUUUCGGUUGACCAGUUCGCUUCUAGACCCGUUCCAGGAACUCCCCCAGCUGUUGGAUCCCUAUCUACCAAAAUGGAUUCCCCUCCUCGCUGAGGCAUUCCUCAAGCAUCUGCAGACUCGCAAUCGGGGAAGGACGCUUUCAUCACGCUCCAAGCUUCUGGUCUCUGUCGAGUUUGCUAUAUGCAAAAUCCUGUACACAUUUUGUAAGAUACGUGGCGAAAAGGUCAUUGUGCGCUUUCUCAAUGUCGAAGCAAAGUACCUAGAGCUGCUACUUCUUGCCAUUGAAGAGUCAGAACAAGCAUCCGCCGAUGACGUUGCUCUUGGUAAAUGGUCAUGGGAGGAGCGCUAUGUCGUUCUUCUAUGGCUUUCACAUCUUUUGCUUGCACCGUUUGAUCUCUCUACCAUCUCAUCUGUCGAUCUGCAGGAUGUCACAGCACCGGAUAUCCCGGGACUGGUUUGGCCUGAAAACCUCCCUGCUAUCACUGUACGAAUGAUUCCUCUUGCUAUCAAAUAUCUCGGUACUCCCGGCAAAGAACGAGACGCCGCAAAGGCUCUCCUGGUGAGAAUGUCUAUCCGACGUGAUAUGCAACAGCUCGGCGUGCUUGAGAGUCUCGUGAACUGGUCUCUCGCUUCUCUACGUCCAAACAAGGAGCGGCCUCUUCAACAAACUUAUUUUUACCUGGGCGUCCUCUCGUAUCUCGCAGGGAUCUUGCGAGCAUCGUCAGAUACUUCUGACAUGAAUCUUUACUUGUCGACGAUUUUCUAUGCGAUCCAUGCAAUCUCUGCUGGUGAAGACACUCUUUCAAAAACUAUCGUUUCCUUUGCGCUUGCAAGGAAAAUGAUUCUCAAGGUUAUUCGAUCCAUUGUCGUGUUACGUCUCCGUCAGACCCCGCAGGACAUGGCCAGCACUGAGCUCACAGAAACCGCUAUUGGAUAUCUUCUUGAAUCAGUAUCCGAUGGCGACACUCCGGUCCGGUUUGCAGCUAGCAAGUCUCUGAGUAUCAUUACCCUGAAGUUAGAGCCCGAUAUGGCCUCUCAGGUUGUAGAAGUCGUUCUUGAAUCGCUGAACCGAAAUGUUCUCUGGACGAAACCAAAUGGGGGCAAACCAGUCAGAGAUUUGUCUGCUGUGAACAAUCUUGAAUGGCAUGGGCUUAUGCUCACCCUCUCACACCUGUUGUACAGACGAUCCCCACCAACCGAGCAGCUGUCUGACAUUGUCCACGCUCUGCUCCUUGGGCUUUCAUUCGAGCAACGAAGCAUGUCUGGAGGAAGCGUCGGUACUAGUGUGCGUGACGCUGCUUGCUUUGGCAUUUGGGCUCUGGCACGUAGAUACACGACAGAUGAGCUCCUAGCCAUUCCUACACACUCUGUAUUUGCAGCCAAAGCCCAUCCAGCGGCAAGCUCUAUCCUCCAAGUUCUUGGAACAGAACUGGUUGUAACUGCUUCUCUGGAUUCUGCAGGCAAUAUUAGACGCGGCGCAUCAGCAGCGCUGCAAGAACUUGUUGGACGUCAUCCAGAUACUGUAGAGGAAGGCAUUUGGGUGGUACAGACUGUCGACUACCAUGCUGUUGCGCGACGAUCUAGAGCGAUCGAGGAGGUGGCAGUCAAUGCGACUCGACUAUCAAGCCAGUACGGCGAUGCCAUCAUUGAUACUAUUCUCGGAUGGAGAGGUAUCGGCGAUCUUGAUGCAGCCUCCAGACGUGUAUCUGGCGCCGCUUUUGGUGUUCUCACAUAUGAGCUAUCUGACAUCAAGUCCGAUGAUCCUCUUUCUCGUUUCAGAGCUACUAUCCAGUUACUCACCGAUCGACUGAAAACCCUUCAGCCUCGUCAGGUUGAGGAACGACACGGUCUACUACUGUGCUUUUCUGCUGUCCUCGACAAGUUCCCAGCCCUGAUUAGCACAGACACAGCGCAACACGACACGUCUCUAAUCAACGAUAUACUAAUAACAGUCUCAAAGGUUCUGGAGAACUUGCAGUCAACUGCUUACCGCAAAGGCGAAUUGCUGGCUGAGGCUGCAAGCCGCCUUGUUGUCUCCGCAUCACCAAUAAUGCAGGUUGCAGUUCUUGGUACAGCCUUGCCGGAGGCUCUUCGUCCAGGCCACGAACUCAUUCAUCACGACAAUGCGUCUGGAUAUCUGAAGCUUGUGUCCGCACUUGAUUCGUGCGUUGAAGGUCGAAGUGCGGCAAUGUCACAGUUGAUCUCAGCAUUGCGGGCCAUUGUCCCAACCUGGUUGAAUCGCAGCGAGCAAGAAACCAUUGAGCCGGCUGCUGCGGCAUCACUCCUUCUAUUGAUCUUCUCUACACCUGUCGAAAGAAAAACACUUUUAGGGGAAUGGGCGGAAACCGUUCAGCAUCGGCCGACGAGCCGAACUGCGGCACACGGCAGCGGCUACUUUUCCGGACUUGCAACUGCUCAGCCCUUGGCAGACUCAUCGGAAGACGUCACCUGUCAGGCAAUUCUUAAACGUUGGGCAUGGGAUAAAGAAGUAGAGACCCGAGUUUCUAUCUUGCAGAGUUUGACGCGAAGUAGGAUUUUGCAUGACAGGCCUUUGACAUUUCUGCAAUUAAUCGCAGAGGCUCUGAACGAUUAUACCACAAAUGCUCGAGGAGAUAUCGGAUCACAUGUUCGUGUGCAUGCCCUCAGGGCUGUCAGAGAACUGUGGAACAAGUUGGAUGAGGUGCUUGCUCAAGGCGAAUGGGCAGGAGCAUCUGUACGGGCUCUUUUCUUCAGUGCUCUCCGUCUUUCUGCAGAGAAACUCGACCGCGUGCGUCCUGAAGCUCAGGCUGCUGUGGCAUUGAUUUUAGAAGAGAGCCAUGCACAAAGGUUCAGUGAGCUCACCUUCUCUUCCAAAGCCUACUUUCAUAGCCUUCUGAACCUUCAUACUGGGGACCGACUCCUACCAUUGCUUCGCGAUGUUGCCAAAGGAGACCCAAAUGAAUGGAUGUCAGAACUUAUGUCCGGCUUUGUUGGGUCUGCAGACACGGGCAACGAAGACCUAAUCAUUGCAAGUCGAGCUGCGCUUAGCGACUUCUGUGAAGCCAGCCAAGAGAACCUGGACCUUAUCUGCAAAGCAAUGUUGCAGAAUCUCAAGACUAGGCAGGGCCAGGACAGGGUUAUUGUGCCAACCCUGGAGAUCACCGCAUUCCUCUUCCAUGUGCAGCUCUUCCAAAAAAGCAGUGUCAAUCUCCGCAACCUAUGCCUGUUGACGCAGAAGGCGGGCUACAAAUCAGGCAAUGUGCGAAAGCUCGAGGCGUGUAUCAAAGUGUACAGCGGUGUCGCAUCAAUGGCUGAUCAAGGAGGCGCCGAAGCAGGCGUCCAAGAGGCUAGGAAGCGUCUUGGGGCGAUGAUGUCUCAUCCAUGGCCCAAAGUCAGGAGCAUGGUAGUAGAUGGGCUCUGGGGAGUGCUUGGGGAGCAGGAAGAAGCGGCAGAGAAGCUAAAAGGUGUAGACUGGGGCCAAGCCGGGAAACUGCAGAUCAAAACUGUAGUUGAAGAAUUGAGGUUAGGCUAG